CACCCAGUGACAUCGCCGGAGCAGGUGCUGCUCCGGGAGGGGCCCAGGAAACUGGCUCCAGGCACGGAGCAGGGCACGGACCAGCCAGCUGCUCCCUGUGCCGGGAUUUGCCUCUGCAGGCCGGCCGUACUGCCAUGCAGCUGCUGUGGACGGCUUUGGGCAUAGUGGCUGGAUUCACUGUCAUCUUCAGCUUCCUGCCCCAGCUGGACCCCAACGUGCUGACCCUAAAGUCCCUCCCUGUGCUAGCCCAUAGGGUCGUCCAUGAGCACCCCACAGAGAACAACACAACAGCGGCCGAGCUGUUCUCCAAGGUGCGCAUCCUGUGCUGGGUGAUGACGACGCCCCAGAGCCUGGAGACCAAAGCGCGGCACGUGCGGGCCACAUGGGCACGGCGCUGCAACGUGAUGCUGUUUAUGAGCUCGCAGGCCGACGCCGCCUUCCCGGCCGUGGGGCUGGGCACCCGCGAGGGUCGCGACCAGCUGUACUGGAAAACCAUCCGGGCCUUCCAGCACGUGCACCAGCACUACCUGGCCCAGGCCGACUGGUUCCUCAAGGCCGAUGAUGACACCUUUGUGGCUGUGGACAACCUGCGCUGGCUGCUGUCCGCCCACGCGCCCGACCGCCCCAUCUACUUCGGCAAACGCUUCAAGCCCUUUGCCCGCCAGGGCUACAUGAGCGGCGCGGGCGGCUACGUGCUGAGCCGCGAGGCCCUGCGCCGCUUCGUGGCUGGCUUCCAGACCCAGGUCUGCAGCCACACAAGCCCCGUGGAGGACCUGGCCCUGGGCCAGUGCAUGGAAAAGAUGGGGGUGGAGGCUGGUGACUCCCGGGAUGCCACAGGCCAAGAGACCUUCCACGCCUUCCCGCCCGAGCAGCACCUGCGUGGCGCCUUCCCCAAGGACCCCUCCUACCUCAGCUACUCCUACUACCCCGUGCUGGGGGGCCCACAGAGCUGCUCGGACCUGACCAUCUCCUUCCAUUACGUGAGCCCGGAGCAGAUGUAUGAGCUGGAGUACUUCACGUGGCACCUCCGCGCCUAUGGCUACCGGCCCCGGAGGCAGCCGGUGCCUGCUGGGCAGACUCCCCUUGCCACCGAGCACCGUGGGCAGCUGAGCCAGCCCACACCCCCCUUGCCACCGAGCACCGGGGGCAGCUGA